AUGGGUUUGAGUGAAUACAUUGCCGUAGUGGUGUCUCUGUGUCUAGUAUCAGUCUCAAUAGUGAACCCUCAAGCUGUUCCAGGUGCACAACCUAUGCCUCCUGUAAUUCGUGAUGAAUGUCCUGAGAAUACAGUAUUUGUGUUGAGACUAUGUGUGUUGAAUUUGCUGAAUAUUACAGUGGGUGUACCACCCCCGACCACCGCCCCUUCCUGCUGCGCCCUCCUUACGCCGUUGCCUGUUGUCCAAGCACGAAUUUGCGUCGGCAAUGCCCUAAACCGUGCCGUCCCUGGCCUCCCCUUCAUCGUCUCUUUUGUCACAGAUACACUUCUUAAUAACUGUCCUUGA